GCCAGAGCCCUGGGCGACGCAGGCCAGGCAGCGCUGAAGGGCUGUCUGGGGAGUUCUGGCCCCCGCCUCGCCUUUUCCACCCUUCAGGGGACCCAGAGCCACCCCUCCAACCUUGCCCAGGACCCUGGUCGCCCUGCAUUGGACCAUAUAGAAAUAAGACUGAUAGUGGCAUUGCAAGCUUCCCUGAAUCACUACCUUGUCAACUGUAUCAACCCUACUCUGGAGAUACUUCUUGCAGAAGUGAAAGGAUUCUGUGUCCAUUCAGUAUCUGAAAAAUGUCAGUUGGUGCCAGUCACGAUGGAGAUUUGUUUGUUUCUGAGAUGUGGACAGCUGUCAGGAACAGACAUUCCUACUGACACCUAGUUGGACAGCUGUAGACAGUGCAUUGCUGAGGAAGCAAGCUCUUGGCUGUGAUAUUCCAUUGCAGUCAUGGCGCCUAAAAAGAAGAAUGUAAAAAAAAACAAAGGCGAUAUCAAUGAGAUGACUAUAAUUGUGGAGGAUGGCCCCCUAAGUAAACUAAAUGGUUUGAAUGGGUUCUUAGACGGAGGGAAUGGUUUCAGCUGCAUCUCAGCUGAGAUUUCUGAUUCUUUUUAUAGCCCAAAUCUCUUGGAAGGGCUAAGCAGAAUGAGGCAGGAAAAUUUUCUUUGUGACUUGAUUAUUGGUACCAAAACCAAAUCCUUCAAUGUUCACAAGGUGGUGAUGGCUUCAUGCAGUGACUACUUUCAUAACAUUUUAAAGAAAGAUCCAUCUACUCAAAGAGUAGAUCUCAAUGACGUAUCCCCAUUGGGCCUAGCCACUGUUAUCACCUAUGCUUACAAUGGAAAGCUAACUCUUUCACUCUACACAAUAGGUAGUAUAAUUUCCACAGCAGUCUAUCUUCAGAUUCACACCCUUGUAAAGAUGUGCUCUGAUUUUUUGAUGCAAGAAAUCAAUGUUGAGAACUGUAUGUAUAUUGCCAAUAUUGCAGAGACAUAUGGACUAAAAAACACAAAAGAAGCAGCCCAGAAAUUUAUUAGAGACAACUUCAUUGAGUUUUCAGAAACAGAUCAGUUCUUAAAACUUACUUUUGAUCAGAUCAAUGAACUCCUUGCAGAUGACGACUUGCAGUUGCCUUCUGAAAUUGCUGCAUUCCAGAUAGCAAUAAAAUGGCUGGAAUUUGACCAAAAAAGAGCAAAGUAUGCUGCAGAUCUCUUGGGCAACAUUCGUUUUGGUACCAUCUCUGCUCAAGACUUGGUCAAUUAUGUUCAAACUGUACCAAGAAUGAUGCAAGACACAGACUGCCACCGACUUCUAGUGGAUGCCAUGAACUACCACUUGCUUCCAUAUAAUCAGAAUACACUGCAGUCUAGAAGAACAAGGAUCCGUGGAGGUUUCAGAGUCCUAGUUACUGUUGGGGGACGCCCAGCAUUAACAGAAAAGUCCCUUAGCAGAGACAUCUUAUACAGAGAUCCUGAUAAUGGAUGGAAGAAGCUAACUGAAAUGCCUGCUAAAAGUUUUAAUCAGUGUGUGACUGUGAUGGAUGGAUUUCUCUAUGUGGCUGGUGGUGAAGACCAGAAUGAUGCCAGGAACCAGGCCAAGCAUGCUGUCAGCAAUUUCUGCAGAUAUGAUCCUCGUUUCAACACAUGGAUUCAUCUGGCCAACAUGAAUCAGAAGCGCACCCAUUUUAGCCUGAAUGUAUUCAAUGGCCUCCUUUUUGCAGUGGGUGGUCGCAACUCUGAAGGGUGUCUAUCCUCAGUUGAAUGCUAUGUGCCUGCAGUUAACCAGUGGCAAAUGAAGGCUCCACUGGAGGUAGCAAGGUGCUGCCAUGCCAGUGCAGUCAUAGAUGGUAGAAUCCUGGUCACAGGAGGUUACAUAAACAAUGCUUACUCCCGCUCUGUGUGCAUGUAUGACCCCAGCAAUGAUAGCUGGCAGGAUAAGUCCACCCUUAGCACUCCAAGAGGAUGGCACUGUGCUGUUUCCCUUGGGGAGAGGGUCUAUAUCAUGGGUGGGUCCCAACUGGGCGGUCGGGGUGAAAGGAUUGAUGUCCUCCCUGUUGAAUGCUACAGUCCUUAUGCUGGCCAGUGGAACUAUGCUGCUCCCCUGCCAACUGGAGUGAGCACUGCAGGGGCCUCCACUCUUAAUGGGAAAAUUUACUUGGUGGGUGGCUGGAAUGAAAUAGAAAAGAAAUAUAAGAAGUGCAUUCAGUGCUAUAAUCCAGAUCUUAAUGAAUGGACUGAGGAAGAUGAGUUGCCUGAAGCCACAGUAGGAGUAUCUUGUUGUACCAUUGCCAUGCCCAAUAACAAAACAAGGGAAUCCAGAGCUAGCUCAGUAUCUUCUGUGCCAGUUAGUAUUUAAACAUUAUAAUUAGGUUUCAGCAAGAAUAAAUAAAAAACUUCUAUUUACACAGCUGUAUAGUUAACCCUUUAAGUAGCUUUCUCUGCUUAUGUGGGGCGGGAAAUUACCAUUGUAAAAAUUUUAAUUUUACAAAACUGGCCAAUUUUCAUGAUCUUUAAAUUCAUGGUGUGAAACAACAUCUUUAAGAUACAGUGAAUUUACUUAGUGGGGAUAUAAUGUUGUGCCACAGUUAGAACAGGGACUCAGUCCUAUCCCUAACUUUGCCACUGACUUGCUGUGUUACUUUUGGCAAAUCACUUAACUUCUCUCUUCUUCAGUUUCCUCAUCUGUAAAAUGGGAUAAUAAUCAAUUAAUGUUUUAAAGUGCUUUGAGACUUUGGGAUAAGAGGCACUAGGGAACAGCCAAGGAUUAUUAUUAAUAAAUCUCCACAUAUUAAUAAUAUGCCAUUGCAUCAUAAAGUUGGUCAGUUUUGUUCUCUCUAGAGAUUUUAUAUAUGGUGAAAGAUAUUUAAUGACAAUUUAUUGCACAUAUAAAGUAUGAAAUAUAUAUUUUCCCCUCUGGGUAGUGAUGUCCACAAACAAGUCUUCAAAAUUCUCUCCUUCUUUUAGAAAGGAGGUUCCCAUGAUUUACGAUGUAGACAUUUAAUUUUUAUAGGUAGAUCUGUGACAGGGAUUUCAAGAGCCAAACUGCACAAAUACAGAAGAUUAUCUGUCCAUUAUGGGCCAGUCGUGAGGGCCUUGCUCAGGGCAUCCUCCACACAUACAAAGGGGAGAUUUCACCUCUGUUACAUACUCACUGGAAAUCACUCCAUGGGGACUUUGCAGCGUACAAGGUCAGCAGAGGUGGAAGGGGCAGGCCCAUCAAUAGUCUUGCUUCUACAGGUUCCCACCUGCAGAGGAAGAGGAACACAUUACAAGUUAAUAUAUCCCAAAACAGUUUUCUGUGCUGUAAAAGAAACCCACUCUAGAGGUGUCUGGGGCAACCACCAUUGAGAAUCCCAGGAAGCAGAACUCCUGCUUGGAGCUAGCCAGAACUGCUGGUGCCAAAAGCAGAGUGGAUACAAAAAUUACCUUUUCUGUUUAGUCCAACAACUUCCAAUUGGAUUAAGGAAUAAGGACUGAGUAAAGGCUGCAGAAUUUGGUCCACCGCACAGAUCUGGGUAGGGAAGAGUCAGUCAUAAGGUAAAACUCUGGAUUGAAAUGGAAUAGGUUUUCCAGACUAUUAAUGAUGCCUCCAUUACCAGUCACAGACACAGUAUCCCCAAAACUAAGCUUUUCCUGGCCUUACCUUUUGUGUAUCAUAGAAGUGUAGGAUUGGAAAGGACCUCAACAGGUCAUCUAGUCCAGUCCCCUGCACUCAAGGCAGGACUAAGUAAUAACUAGAUCAUUCCUGACACAGCUCCUUGUGCUGCCUUGAACACAGCUCUUUGUGUAAUGUGACUUUUUAUUGCAUUUUUGCCAAAGACUUAGGGUGAAAUCUUGGCCCCGUGGAAGUCAAUGGAAGUAUUGCCAUAGCCUUCAGUGGGGCCUGGAUUUCAUCCUUACUCUCUACAAAUUACUCUCUAAGAAUUGCUACCUUGGUUUCAGCACUGUGCAUGGACAAUUAAGCAUGCAAUGGCUGCUAAUUUUCAUUGAAAAUGGGACAUGCACACCCAGUUUCCUCUGCAAUGUGCCUAGAAUUGACAUCUAAAGAUCCUGUUAUUAAUAAAGAUUUACACACCCUUCAGCUGGGAGGAAAUAAGCAAUUAAAUGAACUAAAAUGAUUAGGUAAGAAGUCACUCAAAACAGGAAGAACACAUUCUUAUACAGAUUCAUACAGCCUUCACAUACAAUUUUCUCUGAAUACAAUGAACACCUCAA